AUGGACCCUAAUGUUAUUUUCAGCACAGCAGCAAUCUUUGGUUGUUCUGUUGUUCUUCUCUUUUGGAGCAGAAAACAAGCUGAUGAACGUAAAAGGGCCCGAGCACGUAAUAAGAACAAUCACAACAAUACAAACACUUCGACAUCUCUCGCCUCUAAUCAUACUCAACAGAUGAAUCACAGGAAUGAAGUGAAUUACAAUUAUAAUGAUGAAGUGAAUUACAAUUAUAAUGAUCUCAAUUUUCCUCAAGACAAUGGAACAGAAACUGGUAGCAAUUACAAUUCAACACUGAAUGCUUUGUCAGACCCUGAGAUGAAUCUUCAGCAUGAUACAGUCCAUCACUAUCCCAGUUCUCCUCAAUACAAUGAGGCGGAACUUGAUGACGAUUUCGACCCAGCAAUGUAUUCUUGGUCAGACACUGAGGUUGGGGAAUCAGGCUCGUCGAGGCCUGAAAAGGAGGUAGAAUGCAGCAUUUGCAUCGAUGACGUUCCUGAAAAUGAGAUGUUUGACAUAGAGGGAUGUGCUCAUAGAUUUUGCAGAAAUUGUGUGAGAAAGCACAUUAUGGAAAGAUUGGAACGAGGUGCAGUGAAAAUAUCAUGUCUUGAAUGCGAAGUUGGGUUUUUGUUGCCCGAAAAAUGCCGGAGAAUCCUGCCCACAGACAUUUAUACAAAGUGGGGACUUAAGUUAUGCGAAAAUAUGGUAUCGGAUACUGAAAAGUACUAUUGCCCGUUUAAGAAUUGCUCGGCUCUGUUGAUCAAUGACGGCGAGGGAAUUACACAGACUGAGUGUCCGUAUUGCCAUCGAAUGUUUUGUGCUCGAUGCAAAGUUGCCUGGCAUGUUGGUUUUGACUGCAGAGAAUAUCAGAGACUUGGCAAGGAUGAGAGGCAGAGUGAGGAUCUUUUGUUGAUGAAAAUGGCGAAAGAUAACGAAUGGGCAAGGUGCCCGAAGUGCCAUAUUUUUGUCGAAAAGAUCGAUGGUUGCAAGUACAUUUCAUGCAGGUGUGGCUUUGGAUUUUGCUAUCGUUGUGGAACUGAGAUGGAUAAAGUUACUCAUUACUGCGAGAAAUGCAAAAGCUAA